AAAAAUUCUUAAUUUACCUUUCAUCUGUUGGUGUUUGUUUAGAUUAUCCGAGUACGACAACCGACAAACAAUACGCAACAUCCAACAGGUUCUCCGUACUCAAGUAUUAAGGAACCGAAUUAGGGAAGCUUAAAAAUGGCUACAAGAGGAGAAUACCGCAUAUUUGUUGGAGGGCUAGGUUGGAAUACAUCACAGAGACACUUAGAAGAUGCAUUUGGUCGUUACGGGAAAGUUAUUGAUUGUCUUGUGAUGUCGGACAGGGAGACUGGACAUCCUCGUGGAUUUGGCUUCAUAACCUUCACCGACCGCCGAUCCAUGGAAGAUGCCAUAAGAGAUAUGCAUGGAAGAGAGAUGGACGGCCGUAUAAUCUCAGUGAACAAGGCAGAGCCACGAUUGGUAGCUGAAGAUCCUUAUGUUGCGUAUGGUGGAGAUCGUAGAUCAGGUGGCAGGGAGAGCUAUAGAGGGGGUGAUAGAUUAGGGGAUCGGUCUGAUGAGUGCUUUAAGUGUGGCCGUGUUGGACACUGGGCGAGGGAUUGUCGAUCAGGUGAUGGUGGCAGGUAUUCCUCACAUUCUGAAUUUGGUAGAUCUGGUAUCCAGGGAGAUCGUGAUUAUGAUCACUAUUAUGAUCGUUCUGGUGCGGGACACUAUGACAGUAGAGAUCGUUUGGACAGCAGAGAAGGGUUUGGGUCUCGUGACCGCUACAGCACGGAGAAGUAUGCACAUUCUGUUGAUCGUUUUGCUAGUGGUCGGUAUAUGGAUCGUUAUGCUCCAAAUGGAAAAUUUCGGGAUAGAGAUUUUGAUAGGGAAGUAGGCAUUAGAGGUGGUGAUAGGUAUGCUGCUGGCGGCCCAACUCGAUAUGACAAAGGAAGCUCUAGUGACAGGGCUCACCCUUAUGAUGCUCCUCGAAGAAGGGGCCGACACUGAUAUCCUUGUUGGUUCUGCUCUUCUAGUGCUGUAAUCUUUUGUAUAUCUGAACUAAUCAAAUCUCCAGAGUUUUGUUUUCUAAGUAGCUGCAGGGAUGUUAAAUUCCAUCCUUGAUGCAUAGCUUUCUUCUGUUCAUACCCGGCCAGUAUUAGCUGUGUGCUCUGCAGUUUAAGUGCAGCUUCUUUAGAUAAUCAAGCUGCAUUUACUAGCAAUGACACAACACGUGGAAGCUGUUCAGUGACUUACCACCACUUCUAGAGCUGGCAACAUGGAUUGGUAUAUCUAAAUUAUGUAGAACUCCUACGAAUGACUGGAUAUUCUGCUUCAGAUUGUCUGAGAUAGUAGAAACUCUUAUGUAGCUUGUUUGAAAUUGCUGUUUCUAAUAUGCAUGAGUGGCUGUCUUUUUGAGUUUGAAGUUGCAACUAUCAUUGUGCUGGUUUUUUUGAUUUUGUGGCCAAGUAUUGGCUUAUAAUUGCUGCCAGCAGCAAGUUCUUCUGAGGUUGAUGGCUGUGGUCCAGUUUUUGAGGCUGUUGCUACCAUUCAUGAUUUCUUCUGCCCUUUGCCGGAUAAUGCUUAAUUUAGUUUUCAGCUUGUAUAUGUGAAGCAUUUUGUACAGCUAAAUCAAUGAAAGAGCUCUGACAGUUUUUUCAUUC